AUGCGCCACUCUGGAGUUUGGCCUAGUCGGACAAAACGCGCAGCUCUGUUUGCAGAGAACGAAAAACAGACAACUCUCACUCGAUUCGAAGAACUCGCAAAGUUCCUCGAGUUGGCCGCGGCGUCGCAGCGCUUCCCGGUCACCGAGCCCCGACGAAAGAACGCCUUCUACUCACCGGUCGCCACGAGUGAAACUCUCUGCGGAAAAGAAUGUGGUUUGAACAGCUCCGAGGCCGAUCACCGAGAAGAGGAAGCCAGACAAAGAGAAGAAGACGAAGGAGGCGAGGCGCAGUCGCUGUACACUCCGGAGCCUCGGCCCCGGGAUCGUGUCCAGCAGAAAGACGCCAACACAGAGUGGCAAGAGAAAAUCAACCGAGUGAUCGACACGGGAAAAGAUCGCCCGAUGACUGAAGCCAUGCGGCAGAAAUUGGCGAAGGCGCGAGAAAAGCGGGUUUUCAUCGCAUCUCUGAAGCUGCCGGUCUCCGAGGAAGAGCUCCGGGCGGUCUUCCAGUCGUUUGGAGAGAUCAAAAAUGUUUACUUUCCACCGGUGGACAGCGACAGGAAACGCACGACCUACGCGUUGAUGGAUUUCGACACCGUCGAGGCUGCGCGCGUCCUAGACACUGUCCCCGCGUGCAUGCACCCGUCUGGUGAAAAUGGCGAGGGUUCUGGCCUCACAACGGCAGAUGUGCAACCCCACAAAUUCCACUUUUAA